UCUCGCUUGAAUAGUUAAAAAAUGGCAGUCGUUUUGAUUUUAAUUCUGUUCUUCAAUACAUAUUCUUGCGAAAACAAUGUUGAUGAAUUAUUUAAAGAUAUCAAUGAAGCUGUAGUCAAAUUCAAUGCAAUCGGCGCUGAUAUUGCAUGGCAAUCUUCACUUAACCCUGGCAACCCAGCACUGUCAAGCAAGACAGCUGUUCACCAACAAAAGUUGCUUUCCUGGCAACACAGAGAAUGUGAAAAAUUGGGGAUUUUUCACGAAAAACACGUGCUGAAUUUAAAUCAAGAACGACAAGCGUAUCUUUUCUGUAGAGGACCGAAAUUCGUUUAUAAGGAAGCUAGAGAAAUUAGUAAAUUAUAUGACAAGUUACAAUCAAUUUAUUACAAAGCAGUUGUGUGUAUACCCCAUAAUGAACAAAGCACAAAAAUCAAUAUUACAAUUUUAGAAAAUGCCAUUAGAAAAUAUAUUUUUUAUAUAAAAUAUUACUUGAAAUUGGAUGAGAAAUCUGUUCCUUUUGCCGCUAAAAUAGCUGCGAAUGACUUAAAAGAAAGUGGAAUAUGUUUGAAAGGAGAAGAAGAUUUCGAGAAUGUUAUGGAACAUUCGAGAGAACCAGAAAUAUUGGAAUGGGUGUGGUUAGUUUGGAGGGAAAAAAUGCGAUUGAUGAAGGAGCCGUAUGAGAAAUUGAUUAAUGUUGAAAAUAAUGGUGCAAGAAGAAAUGGUUACACUGAUAUUGGAGCAUCUUGGCGUGAUGAAUUGGAGAUACCCAACUUACGAGAGCUUAGUUAUAGCUUAUACAAAGACAUCAAACCAUUGUACGCACUACUCCAUGGCGUCGUGAGGUUUUAUCUCAGACGGGAAUACGGAGAUAUUGUACCAGAAACUGGACCGAUUCCCGCACAUUUACUUGGGAAUUUAUGGUCACAAAAUUGGGAACCAUUAGUUGAUAUGAUUCUGCCGAAUGAUAUAAAUUUAGAUGAUAGGAUGAAAAAUUUAAACUGGACUGUUAAAGAUAUGGUUAAGCGCGCUGAAGAUUUUUAUGUAUCGUUAGGCCUUCCUCCAAUGACUGAGAAAUUUUGGCAGAAGUCUGUAUUUUCACGAGACAAUCAUAGUUUGGCGCGAUGUCAUGGCACAGCGGCGGACAUGUUUGAAAGCGACGAUGUUAGACUUCUUUACUGUUCUGGAGUGUCGUUUGAAGAUUUUCAUGUAAUACAUCACGAAAUGGGUCAUAUACAAUACUAUAUGGCGUACAAGAACCAGCCAGGAUUAUUUAGGCAAGCGAACUCAGCGCUACAAGAAACGAUUGGCGAUACGAUAAUGUAUGCUGUUAUGACCCCUCAACACUUACAUAGAAUUCGUCUCAUAAACGAUUCCGAACUUUACAAUACAAGAGACCCACACGCAGACGAAAGUUACAUAACGAAGGAAACAUCAGGCUUACAUAGAAAAUAUAUAGAUGAGUUUGAUUAUGAAGACGGUCAAACAUUUGAUAUCAAUAACGAUAUAGAUGACUCUGGUAUAAAAUAUAAUCAUUUUGAUAAAUCUCAUCAAGUGACUACAGACGAUAUCCUCAUUCUAAAACAAGCUCUAAAUAAACUACCACAAAUACCAUUUUCGCUUCUCAUGGACGAAUACAGAUGGAGAUAUUUUGAAGGGAGUGUUGAAAAAGAUUCUUUGAACGAAGAGUUUUGGAUAUUAGCUCAAGAUAUUCAAGGUAUAGCACCAAAUGGGGUUAGGGGCGAGGAGUAUUUCGAUAUUGGAGCUAAAUUUCAUGUACCAGAUAAUACACCGUAUAUACGGUAUUUCCUGAGCAGCUUCCUGCAACAUCAACUCUUCGAAGCCCUUUGUAAAGCGGCUGUGUUUGGUCAUCGUAAUGUUAAAGAUGCUUUACCCCCCACUAUAUAUCUUAAUAGGUGUGAUAUUUACGGAUCUAAAGCCGCUGGGAGAAUAUUAAAAGAUUUGAUGUCACGUGGUCACUCUCAGCAUUGGCGUGAAAUAAUAGAGGAUACGAUAGGAGAAGUUGACAUUUCAGCAGCUGCUUUGAAGCGUCACUACCGUCCUUUAUACGUAAUGUUGACGCGAUUGGUCGAAAAAUAUAGUAUCCCUAUUGGCUGGUAA